UGUGACAGCGGGCACAUGUUGGACCGGUACCGGUGAGGCUGUGUGAGGAGCAGCAGAGCAAAACAAACAGAUUAAUAUGGCGGUAUUUCACGACGAGGUUGAAAUCGAAGAUUUUGAAUAUGACGAAGAAACAGAAACAUAUUAUUUCCCCUGUCCUUGUGGGGACAGAUUCGCCAUAACGAAGGAGGAUCUGGAGAAUGGCGAAGAAGUGGCCACCUGCCCGAGCUGCUCACUAAUAGUGAAAGUAAUCUAUGAUAAGGAGCAAUUCAUGUGCGGAGAAGUGAUUGAAGCACCAAAUAUGUCCGAAAACAAACUGGAGCUGGCCCAGAGCUGAGACGUUCACAGAACUCCUGCACGUGACUCUUGGAUAUCAUAAUGGACUUAAAACGCACAUCUCUCAUUUCAGUUCCUGCUAUGUUUGCAGAUCUUUUGUGAGGACAACUUACUGGGCCUCAGUGACUCAAGACACUUUUAGCACCAAGAUUUGCACAUGAAUUAUCAGUUUGUUGUUAAAGCUAUUUAUUUUUUUAAGACCUUUUUAAAAUAUCCCUCAGUUCUCGUUUGAAAAUAAAUGU